AUGGAAGAAACCGAUGUUGAUCUAACCUUCCGCACCAUUCCUUGUUCCCAAUGCAAAUUCCCAAUUCAACCAAACUCAUCCAAUACAUUAUGCGUUAAAUGUUUGCGAUCAAAAAACGAUAUCACAUUAGGGUUACGCAAGAAACACUAUCUCCUACAUUGCCCCCAAUGCAAAAGCUACUCUGAACCCCUCACAUCAUGGAUCAAACUACCAUUACAACCAAAACAGCUUCUUGAUUUUUGUUUAGUAAUACUACAAAAGAAUUUGACUUCCAGUAACGUGAGAUUGGUUUGUUCUCAAACAAUUCCAUCUCGACCCAAUUCAAAGAUUAUCAAAAUUAGGGCUACUGUUCAGAAACAGGUUCCCAAUGGAGAAAUUCUUCAUCAAUCUUAUCUUGUUGAGUUUGUUCAACACAACCGCAUCUGUGAAUCUUGUACUAGGGUUCAGCCUAAUCCCAAUCAAUGGGAUUCUGUUGUGCAAUUAAGACAACAUGCAUUACGUAUGCAUAGUUUCUUUCGUUUGGAACAUGCUAUUUCUAAGCAUGGUGUUGCUGCUAAUGCUGUGAGAAUCAAUAAGAUGAAACACGGGAUUGAUUACUUUUUUUUCAACAGAAUUCAUGCUAACAGGCUUCUUGAUUUUAUCAAGGGACGACUCCCUGUGAGGAUUUCUGAGAGUAAGCAACUUGUUUCUCAUGAUUCAAAUAGUUAUAGAUACACUUUUUCGGUUGAAGUUUGUCCUAUUUGUCGCAAGGAUUUGAUUUUUCUGCCUCCUAAAGUUGCACUGUGUUUGGGAAAUAUCGGUCCUCUUGUGAUUUGUACCAAGGUCACCAACGUUAUUGUUUUGUUUGAUCCGUUGACCUCGACGCAGUGUUGCUUAGAUAGUGAUAUGUAUUGGAGGGCACCCUUCAAGUCUUUGCUCACUAGGAAAGAGUUAGUGGAAUAUGUUGUGCUCGAUGUUAAGGAGGUUUGUUCAGAGGUUAAUGCUGAUGGUAAGAAAUUCAAUUUAGCUCAUGUUGAGGUUGCUCGUGUGAAAGAUUUAGGAAAGAAUGACACGAGAUUUAAUAUCAAGACUCAUCUGGGUUAUCUUUUGAAAACGGGUGACUGUGCUCUUGGUUAUGACUUGUGGGAGGCUAAUUGUAAUGAUACUGAGAUUGAACUGAAGGAGCACAUAGGAGAUGGUGUGAUUUUAAUGAAGAAGAGAUCUGGAUUAAAACGAUUGAUGACUAGAUUUGGGGAGCAUAAGUCCUACUUACAAGAUCUAGAAGAAAUCACUAAUGAGGUGCACGGCAUAUCACUAGGCGGUGAAGAGCCGCCUUUGGAGGAAAAGCUGGGUGAUCUUAAUAUAAGUGUUGAGGAGCAUCAGGAGAAGAAGAAGGUGAGGAGGAUUGAAUGA